AGGACACUUCCGGCCGCACGAGGUCUUCCGGCGCGGAGGUCACCAUGGCGGCGUCUUUGGCUCGGCUCGGUCUCCGGUCGGUGAAGCAGGUUCGAAUUCAGUUCUGCCCCUUCGAGAAGAAUGUGGAGUCCACGAGGACCUUCCUCCAGGCGGUGAGCAGCGAGAAAGUCCGUUCCACCAACCUCAACUGCUCGGUGAUUGCGGACGUGAGGCACGACGGCUCCGAGCCCUGCGUGGACGUGCUGUUCGGAGACGGGCAUCGCCUGAUUAUGCGCGGCGCUCACCUCACCGCCCAGGAAAUGCUCACAGCCUUUGCCUCCCACAUCCAGGCCAGGGCUACCGCGGGGAGCGAGGACAAGGCCGGCGCGAGUACCGGGCGCUGAUAGCGCAAAAUAGCCCAACAAGCAGGUUUUAGCUUUGGAUGGCUAGAAUACCCACCUGAGAAGAGCUUGAGAGACGUCAUCACUCGAAUCACCAUCUGGAGGGACACGGAGCGCCAAAAAAAAAAAAAAAAAAGCGAGAGAGCCAUGUGAUUACUGAUACAACCAGCGUUUCUGGAACAAGACACAAUCAAAUAGGGGUCUGGACAAACUUGAAUUUAUUUCACUUUCUAACCAUCAUCCCGUGCUUAACCGUUUUGAAUUUGGCUUCACCCAUCACUCACCCAAGGUACCUCUUACUCUGAUCAGCCAAAUCCAGUGCUGUUUUUCUCCAUCCUCAUCCUUCCAUCUCAGUAGCGUCUGCCACUUUUAAUUCACUCCCUUGUAGAACUUCUCUUCCUCUUAUGGCUUUUUCCUUUUAGCCAUAAAAGUGUACCACUCUCAUCCUUCAUUUUCUUUUCUAUUUCUGGGGCACCUCAUCCUCUGUCAUAAGUUGAGCUACCCUCUCCUGUUAAAUCCUACAUUUUUCUUUGGCUCUAAUCUACUGAUUACCUCCAAAGUCCACAACACUGUCCAAAAUAGAAUUGAUAAUCUUAUAUACACAUAUACUUGCCUCUUACCCUGACUUCCCCAUUCCUUUUAAAGGCACUUCAUCUUCUCAGCCACAGAGGCUGGAAACCACAGCAUUUUCUCUGGUUCUGCCCUCUCCCUUUCCCUGCAUAUCCAGUCAGUAAGUUCAGAAUAUUCUGUCUUAAACAAAAGCUUCUGAAAUGUUUUCUCCAUUCCAUUCACUUAUAUCCCACUAACUAUAUCAUUGUAUUCUCCCACCCAGUCUCCUUUUUUCUGAUCAUUCUUGCUGCUGCUUAACUUUAUCUUUCAAAGCACAUCACUGUUUUUAUGUCUCCUUGUUUCACACUGUACCCAGCCUGUUUUUCAUACUGGGUUGCUACCCAUUGGUGUGGAUCAUGAAAUCAGUUUAAGGGGAUAAAUCAGCCUUUUAAAAACAAAGUAGAAUAGUAUCAGAGUGCAUGGCA